AUGUCUGACAACAAAGAUGUUUUAGUACAAUUUCUGCAGAGUGAACAUAAUACCAAUGAUGAUAUUGAUUUUCCUGUUAUUUUUAGGAAGCAAGUCAGCAUUAUUAGUAGCAAUAAAAAUGAUAGUCUCAGAAGGAACACUCCGAUUCGGCCCUUCUCACAAUACAACAAAUGUGACGCAAGAAUGGUAACUAAAAGAGGCAAAGUUAGAGUGUAUUUCAAAAAAAUCCCUCAAAAAUCCAUACAGUACGCCAAAGAUUUAUGGAACACCCUUGCAAAUAUGCAAUGGAGAUGGCUUCUAUUGGUUGUUGUUGUAGUUAAUGUGCUCGCUUACACUACUUGCGGCCUAUUGUUUUAUUACGAUUCUUGGAUAAGUGGGGAUUUUGAUCCAGACGAAGAUCACAGGGUUUGUAUAGCGGGAAUGCAAAGCACCUUAAAUUACUUCAUGUUGGGUAUAGAAACCAUCUCAACCACCGGAUAUGGUUAUCUUCAUCCCACUGAAUACUGUAAACUUUAUUUUGUUGUGCUAGCUGUCAGUACUUUAUCGUCUAUAGUGGUAGAUGGUGUCUUUAUUUCUGUGGUUUAUGCUAAGCUUAAUAAACCAAAGGAUAGAAAUAUUUUCGGGCAGAUUUUCAGUAAAAAAGCAGUGAUAGCUAUGAGAAAUGGUCGUCUGUGUGUCAUAAUCCGUGUAAAUGACAGGGAUGGAAGACACUGGAUCAACACCAACGUUCAUAUGUAUUUAGUCACAGAUAUACACACAAAAGAAGGAGAAUCAAUAAGAAACUACGUCAUGGAAUUGAAAAUCCAACCAGUGGGAAUGCUAUUUUGGCCAGUGGAUGUUGUUCAUGAAAUCACAGAGGAUAGUCCGUUAUGGAAAAUUUCAGCUGAUGAAAUGAUGAAUACGAGAUUAGAAAUCCUGGUGGUUGUAUCGGGAAGUUCAGUCAAAACAGGCCAAUCGACAAAAAGUCAAACUUCCUAUUUGAACAAGGAGAUCAUGUGGGGUUACCAGUUUUGUCCCUGUUUGGAAUAUAAUAAUCCCAAGAUGAAAUAUGUUGUAAAUAAGAAGUUAUUCAACAUCACUAUUCAUCAAGAAGUGCCUGUAUGUAGCGCCAAAGUACUCGCGGAUUUGCAAAAGCAAGUAAAUGAUGAUAGAAGGAAAUCGGCAGAGUUGGGCCAGAUAAAUGGAGAAAUACAUUUUUAA